AUGUCAGACCACGAUGAGAACACUCCAAACGUCAGAGAUGAUGUCUCUAUGGUCGAUGUUACCGAAACGGCUGUGAUUACUCGUACACCUGGUUGGGGCAACACGCUCAGUUCUCUGGCAACUCCCAAGGAACCACAAGCAAGCAACGCUGAAAUCGACCGUUGGAUUGAAGUGGCUGCUGCCAGUGCCGACGCCGACGACUUGGAGAGUCAACUCCCAAAUCCAUUGACGCAAAGGCAACUGUCGUAUCUCCGUGCCGACCCCGCCUUGGGGUCGAUCUGGAUGCAGCAGGCAAGUGCCUACAACCGAAAGGUCCUGAGCCAAUACCAGCAAACCCGCCCAGAACUCAACGUCAGCAAUAUCACUUCUGUCGAAUUCUUUUUCCAUAACGACCGAAGCAGGCUCGCUUCUUGGGCUAUCGUCAAAGGGAGCGCUAACAUUGAUGUCACAGAGGACGUAUAUAUGAGUGCGGCUCUGAACUCUGGAGAAUAUCAGGAGAGCCUGGAGGCGCUGGCCAAGGAAGGUCUGUGGGUACACGAGAGACCACCACCCUAUGCCGCACACGCUUUGCGCAUCCGAUCACUCCUGAUAUCUAGAGACCUCAAUGAAACUGCUGUGCGACAGAUCAACGAAGGAGGCUUUACCGAGCUGCCUAGUGACCAGCUGAACGAGACGCGAUUGUUCAAUGCCAAUACAACAAAGAGGUUUGAAUACGAGGGUUGGCCAGCAGAUUUCGGGCAGGAUUUCGAAGAACUCGUCAACUCUUGGGCCGAGUCCUUGAACGCUUUGCGGGAUGCGGGAAUCACUGAUAAAGAGGAGGAGGAGCUAUGA